AUGGUCCAACCGACGCGAUGCCUUCGGAGCAAUCUUCUGCUGCUCUAUGUUCUAGGAGCUUCCGGUGCCAAGCAGAUCACCGAAAUAGAUGAAGAUCUUCCAACCCGGAGUGGCUCCAUGCUGCAAACACAGAAGCAGCUGGCGCCAGCCGCGCUUAAGUCUUCCUGCAGCGACUCCGAGUUGGUUUGUCAGUAUUGGUCAUGGCUCCCGAUCGUAUACAGCUGUGCACCCCGAGAUGCAGGCUGUCCGGUAAGUUGCUCCUCCGGUGAGCACGCUUGCCACACUCCACCGACAUGCGAGACCUGUAGCGCCGUGAACUACUGCUCCAGCCAGCCCUGCCCAGUUGUAUGUGGUUUCGGGCAGAUAAUGUGCAACGACAUCUCCGACAACACUGUGUCGUGCGCAAAGCUGGAAGCAGGAUGUCCCAUAAAGUGUCCAGCAGAUGCAUUCGACUGUCACGCGCCUCCAACUUGCGCUGGCUGCGCUGGAACGAACUGGUGCUCUUCGAAGCCCUGCCCUGCGAUUUGCCCCGACGGUCAGACAUCUUGCGCAGCACGGAACGGGAGCUACUGUGUACCAUUUCAUCAGGGCUGUCCCGCCAACUGCUCAAAGCAAGAAUACUCUUGCCAUAGCCCUGGCCGUGUGGCUGGAGAGGCGGGCAUCAACUGGUGCUCCAGCAUUCCUUGCUCCCCGAUCUGCAAGGCUUCCGAGGUGCCGUGCGCACUUGCAAAUGGAACCGACGUCUGCGUUGACAAAGAUAAGGGCUGCCCGAUUAGUUGCGAGAAGCAUGAGCACCAGUGCCAUGCUCCCCCACAAUGCAAAAACUGCACCGGCAUCAACUGGUGCUCGUCAGAUCCAUGUCCACAAAUGUGCGACUUGCACGAAAUCUCCUGCUCCAGGCAUGAUGGCAGUAACUUUUGCGCAGCGCGCACAAAUGGCUGCCCGGCGAACUGCUCCAACAAGGAGCAUCAUUGUCACUGGCCGCCGCAUCCACCAGCACAGCAAGGAUUCAACUGGUGCUCAAAGCAGAAGUGUCCGCAAGCCUGCAACUCGACGGAGCUGGCAUGCACCGCGGAAGAUGGCGGUGGCAUCUGCAUGCCUCGAGAAGCAGGCUGUCCGGUCAAGUGCAAGAAGCACGAACACCGGUGCCACUCGCCGCCGGCUCGUGCCGACGGCUCAGGUCUCAACUGGUGCGCCGAAGCCGACUCGCCUUGCCCGCUUUAUAACUGCAGCAAGAGUCAAGUGGCUUGCUUGGAGGACGAGGUCUACACCUGCUACGAUCGAAGGGAUGGCUGCCCUGCGAACUGCAGCAAGCAUCAGCAUGUAUGCCACAGUGCCCCCGAAGCUGACUGUCCAGAUUGUGUAGCAGUGAACUGGUGUUCCCACGAGAAAUGUCCUGAAGCGUGUUCUGCCGACGAGAUCACAUGUCUGCACAAACACGGCACGACCUGCCGGCUCUUGUCGCAGGGGUGUCCGGUUCACUGCAACGCUUCGCAGUACUCCUGCCACUCCCCGCCGCCCUGCAGAGGCUGCACCGGAAGCAACUGGUGCUCCGACGUGCCAUGCCCCUUCGUUUGCGCGUCGGAUGAAAUCCAAUGCGCUGGCAGCAACGGCACGGAAUUCUGCGCUGCAGUUGACGAUGGCUGUCCAGUGACAUGCCGUGACGAGGACUAUAUCUGCCACAUGCCACCGCAGUGCCCGGAGUGUGUUGGCACGAACUGGUGCUCUGCAGAACCCUGUGCGACUUCCGUUUGA